AUGUCAUCUCUCUCUUCCUUUUCCAGUUUCAAAUCUGCAUCCACCACAUCUUUGUGCUGUUCCGUGUCCGUCCUCGAAUGUGACAUUGAUGCCCACCCGCUUUCAUACCACGAGUCGGACGAUGAGUCUGCCAGUGACGACGAUGCGCUGUUUGAUUUCCUGGUUUUCUCCCCGCAGCCUAAACUAGCCUCCGAGGGGUCAAACACCGACUUGGAGUUCGUUAAAGCGAGCACUGCUGCCCAUCAGCGCGUUUCAAAGUUGUCUCUCAGCUUGCUGAAUGGUAACCGCCAAGGAGCCGUGAAAUCCUUGUCGCGGUCCUCCUCUCUCUCCAGUGCCUCCUCUAGAUCUUUAUCCACCAUCGAGACCCUUGAGUCACUUGUUCCACAGACAAAGCGCCCCGCUUCCCCUUCUAGUAUUGUUUCCUCGUUCUUGUCCCAAUCUUUCAAGAAGCUAUCGGAUGCUGCUGCCGCAUUAACGGCUAGCCAGGCUCGCCAGCAACUUCUUGUAUCCGCUCCACUGGGCACAUCACCUGACCACGCGCUAUUGGGCUUUACACCACGUAUGACUGAUGACAGGCUUCCAUCGAUCAAAUUAACCACCUGGAAAUUCGAUGAGACGCCUCUUCUAUCACCCUGCUGCAAACCUGGUGACAAGGGCAAGAAAAUGAGGAGUAGAAAAAACCGUGAGCCGCGGGUCAACUCUAGAUUCUUGCGUGUCUACGCGCACGACCGUGCCGCUAAGCGUGACGGCUAUCUCUUGGUUCCAGAGAUGAACAAGUUAGUAAUUGACAUGUACAUCAACAACACGGAAGACGAGAAGCGCGAGCUUCUCCACAAGUUGACAGAGAUGUCUAAGGAAAAGUUAUGGAGCAAUGUCAUCCUCCAACCCCGUGACGAUCCGCUACCUCCAAUGCCAUACGACGACGAUUUGAAGAAUCGUGCUCCCUACCAGAACAAGGAUAUUUUCAUGAGCAAACAAAGCAUGGUCCGACCGUGGGGUAUCAGGAGGGGUAAGACCUGCGUGCAAUAUACUGUCAAGGGAUGGGCUAACGAGAGAUGGGUGCCAAAGGGUAUGAGUGACAUGGUGGAUGACGAUGAGUAG